GCCAGAGAAAGAGAGCGGAGAAAACAGCCAGUAAUGGGCAUCCACACACAAGCACGCAUGUAGGUGUGGUGUAAAGAACAAGAGUUGUGACUGAAUGGAGUUAAGCACACUGUCAUUUCAGGUGCGUAAGCGUCAUGGAUAAAGCGAAACUAGCGCAGCUGAGAUCAGCGAUAGGGAAUGUCGGGACCGCGCUAGUCACCAUGAGCCUCGGCGCCGACAGCGGUGCUUUUGGAGUCUGUUUUUCAUCGUCGUGAUGGUUUAGUGAUGAAGAAUUUCGAGACGCACAGGACGCCGUGUCUUCACACCGUAGUGCACUUGUUUCUCUUACUGACUUCUGAUCGGUUUGGGUGAAACAACAGACUAAACAUGGAUACGCCGAGGGAAACCAGGAAACAAACAAUCAAAGCCAAAUCAACCAAGCGCAAGAACAAGACGCACACGUCCCAGAAGCUGUUCAGGAGGAAAUCGUUGAAAUCGCUCGGAAAUUUUAUGAGCAGGAUUGUCAAAACUUUGGGCACUUUAGCACACUUGGGGGACGCGGACCAGCCGGACGCGGGGGAGGAUGAUGAUGGGGGGUUUGGGGACACUCUGAGCGCCCACAACUCUGGGAAUUACAGAGAGAACUCGACGAGGAAGGCAGUUGCGCCCGCAUCAUCCUAUGGAUCUGUGAAAGAAAGACUCUCCUGGUGCUACGGCGAGAAAACUCCGGGAGUUCAGGGUCUGAAGAAUCACGGAAACACCUGUUUCAUGAACGCCGUGGUGCAGUGCCUGAGUAACACAGAACUUCUGGCUGAGUAUCUGGGUCUGGAGCAGUAUAAAUGUGAAUUAUAUGAGCGGAGGAUCAACGGGGUGAUGAAGAGUGAGGAGGUCAGGGGGGAGGUGACGGAGAAGCUGGCGUCGCUGGUGAGGGCGCUCUGGACGCUCGAUUACACGCCUCAGCUGUCGGUGGAGUUCAAGAGUGCUGUGUCCAAGUAUGGCUCUCAGUUCAAAGGAAACGCUCAACAUGACGCUUUGGAGUUUCUGCUCUGGCUCCUGGACAGUGUGCAUGAGGAUGCCAACCUCUCCACCAACAACAACCACAGCGGCAGAGCCAAAUCGUCCAGCAAGGAUUCUGUGGAAUUGGAGGAGAGUUCUUGCCCCGGCCCAGCAAACUCACAGCAGCCUGGAACUCGACACAGUUUCGUUCAGGAGCACUUCCAAGCUCAGUACAGGUCAUCACUGACGUGCCCUCAUUGCCUUAAACAGAGCAACACCUUUGACCCUUUCCUGUGUAUUUCACUUCCAAUCCCACUACGACAAACCAGGGCCUUGAAUGUGACGCUGGUGUUCAACAAUGAAGGUCAGCGGUUUGUGAGAGUAGGGUUGGCUGUGCCUCUCUUUGGGUCGGUCUCAACACUCAGGGCCAUGGUAGCGGAGGAGGGCAAGAUCUCUUCAGACCAGGUGAUUUUGACAGAGAUUAACUCAAAUGGGUUCCAGCGCUCUUUCUCUGAUGAAGAUGAUAUGACGAGUAUCUCAGAGAGUGAUGUCAUCUACGCUUUCCAGGCUCCACCCCUGUCCGCCAGAGGAGGUUCCAUGCGAUUCUCAGGGAUCCAUCACUCCCUCCCUUCGUCCCCAUACACCGCAGAGCCCAAAGGUCACAGGUUACCACCCUCAGGGACAUUAUCAUCAGAAUUCUUGAAUCAGGGUGGUUCUUCAAAGAUCCUCCUGUUACUCUGCAAUGUUGCUGGAUCUGGCCAAGAAGCUACAAGGUUUGGGCCUCCGUUCCUGAUGAGAGUAGAAAGGACUCUUUCUUGGGAUCAUUUGCGACAGAGUGUCUGCAAUAAGCUUUACUUAUUUAAAAAAAAUACGAUCGUAAAGACUACUGAACUGUUUAAGAUGCGUGUGGUGGGUGGGUCGGCUUCCUGCAGUUACCUGUCUCCCAACGACAGCAGACCUCUGUGCCACCCAACUGUGGACAGGGCCCUGAAGUUCUGCGGUCCUGGUGGUCCUCUGCAUGUGAAGCUCGUGAUUGAAUGGGAGAACAGAAUCAAAGAAUGUCUCUUUGGUAACAUUCAAGAGGAAGUUAUUGAGGAUGCAGAGAGUGUGAGAAUCCAGCAGCAGAAUCAUGUACAGCAGCACAGCUGCACGCUGGAUGAGUGUUUUCAGCUUUACACCAAAGAGGAGCAGCUGGCGCCAGACGAUGCAUGGAAGUGCCCUCACUGCAAGGAGAUGCAGCAGGGGAUGGUGAAGAUGAGCUUAUGGACCCUGCCUGACAUCCUCAUUCUGCACCUGAAGCGUUUUCGGCAGGUGGGCAAACGGCGAAACAAGCUCUCCUCCCUCAUCCACUUCCCUGUGAGCGCUCUGGAUAUGACUCCCCAUGUGGUGAAACGCAGUCAGAGCAUGAGGAAUCUGGCCCCAUGGCCUUCCACUUGGAAACAUGGGGAUACUGACUUCCUUUAUGACCUGUAUGCUGUCUGCAACCACCAUGGAGGCAUGCAUGGAGGCCAUUACACAGCCUAUUGUAGGAACUCAGUGGACGGCCAUUGGUACAGUUAUGACGACAGCAGCGUGGAGCUUGUGCCAGAGGAGGAACUGUGCACUCGAGGGGCAUAUAUCCUGUUCUACCAGAGAAGAAAUGUCAUCCCUCCCUGGUCCGCCAACAGCUCAGUCAGAGGUUCCACCAGCUCCUCCAUGUCAGACCACUGGCUCAUCCGUUUAAAUGGUGACAGUAAAAGAGGAAGUAUGGUUUCACGGUCUUCCACAACAUGCCCUUCUACCAUCCCAGACUCCCCAGAGUCUCCCGUCUUUCAAAAUGAGCCCUCAAUCGAGAAGGGAGUGUCUUUAGGUGGGUUCGAAACCAGACCUUUUGUGCGAGGAAUCCAAGGGCGUAGCAUAAGCAUGAAAAGUCCCACCAAGACCAGAGUGCUCCCACUGCGAUGGUCCUUUGGAAACAAAGACCGCCACAAACCUGCCUCAGCUCCUGGCCCAGCUCCUGCAGAGCUAGUGGAGUAUUUAGAGUCUGGGAGGAGGCCAAGAUGCACCAAAGACCCUAUUGUUGCCCUAAUGACUCGACCUUCAGAUAAAAAAGUCAGUAAAGAAAACGAUACGAGAAAACCUGCAGCCAAAUCUUCAAGCCACAGCAGCCUCGCACCUCUAGAGUAUCUUAAAAUACCGCAGGGUCAAGCAAGUAGCUCAGAGAAAGACACAGGCCAACAAUCCAGCAGCAACAGUAGACCAAGAGAAGAUGGGACUUUGACUUUGACUAGACGGAGCAGCAGAAAAUCAAAACAGGAACAAUCGCAGUCCAGAAAGAGCUCUAGUGCAGGGCUCCAAUCCAGUUCCCGUGGUCCAGGCAGCUGUGAAACCAUGCAGAGGAAUAACCCAGGCGAGGAGCGAGACCAACCAGAGGAAAAACAGAAAAAGGGACAGGAGACAAAACGUCACGAUAGUGUCUUCGCUUUUCUCAAAGGUGGUUUCAUGAAGAAGGACUCACUUCGGAGGUCUCGAGACAGUGAAUCUAUGAAAAUGGGUGAUGCGGGGGUGAAGAGCCCAUCUGGUGUUUCGAUCUCCAACGGGACACAUAAUAGAACUUCAGAAGGUAAAGCCGAUAGCAAUAACCAAGGUCGUAGCAGACUCGGUGGUGAACUUGCGAACGGCAAGGUGAGUCGUGGGUUGUCAGACAUCAAACGGUCACAAAGUUCUUCCAAUAUUCAAAGCAAGGCGGAUCCAGGCUUAAGAAGAACAGCAUCUCUACACAGAAACGGCACAACGGUGGCCCAGCCGCAGAGCACGCCCGGGGACAGGGGCUCUCAGCACACUCAGCAACGCACACGGUACAGCACAAAUUCACUAGGCAGAAAGAAGGCGGUGCCUGAAUCGAGCUUCUGAGACUUUCUUCACUACACUCAAAUAACACAACACGGUAGCAAAUAUCUAAAAGCCCAAGUAAGAAUUGUGGUAUGAAAGGUAGGUUUGAAAUGAUCACUAAAACCUGCCAGCACACAAACUAUGAAGUUGCACAUACAUUUGGAACUAGUGGAUAUUUUUGUUCACUUGUUUCUGCUUAUAUGAAGUGCCUCUGAGCCAGAGCUAUUUUUCAGAUUGUGUUUUGCCACUAGAAGUACAUUACACACUGGCCUCUACACCGUGCUUUUGGAUUGAAAAAUAAUUUGCCUCAGAUUAGAUUUUCUUGUGCCACUAAAUAGAUUUAUCAGCUGUAAUAUAUGAAGGGAAUUGCUAUAUAUAACUUUUCAGUUUCAUCUCUUAUGAUUCUGCAGAUUGAACUGACUUGCUGCUAACCUCUCAUGGGUUUUCAUGACAUUUAACAAAGAUGUCAGUUCUUGCACUUUCAGUGAAUUCAUUGCACCAUCUGAUUUAGUCGUGCUUUCAGACCAAAAUAUAAAAUGUAUUGAUUUUUACUAUUUUUUGUUUGUUUCAUUUACACUGCAAAAAAAAUAUUUUCUUAAUGAGUGUUGUUGUCUUGUUUUUCAGUAAACUGUCAUAUGACUUCAGAACUUUACAUCACUAAAAGUAAAUUAACAAUAUUUGCUGAAAUAAGUAUACAUUUAUUACCACUUUGGCAUAUUGUGUUGAUUCAAAGAUUUAGAUAUUUUAACUGCAAAACAAGACCAAAAUACUGAUUAAAAAAAGUUAAUUUCCAGUGCAGUGUUUGAAUUUUUUUUUUUUGUCAAUGCAGCAUUAAGACAUUUGCAAAUUCAUAUUAUACAAUUUUAAGUAUAAAAUCUAAAGUAUGAAACCUAAAAUGUGUGCUUUAGAUGAUGCUCUGUCACACAAAGAUGGCAUGUUGACGACACAUUAAAACCUUAGUAAUACAGUGUCACUUCUGAAAAGCACACUACCAGUAAACACAUUACCAGUGGAUUAACCCAUAUACUAACCACCUG